AAAGCCGUUUUAUGCACAAUGCCGAGACUUGGCCAUAUCUCAUCCACACAGAGAUUGCCAAAAACACUAACAGCUCGACCCAUCAAACAAUUCUUCAACUAAAAACCCCAUUAACGAAAGAUGUCAUUGGCUUCACCUAUUCAGUGUAUCAGGAUUCUUAAUCCAUCUUCUUCCUCUUCCACAACUUCGUCGUCUUUCAGAUUCUCAACGAUUAAGCCAUGUGUCUUCGUCAUCAGAUGUUCUCAGGCAGAAGGUCCAUUGAGAAGACCCUCUGCUCCUCCUACUCUCCGCGAGCCUUCACCUCCGCAAAAGCCUGUUCCUCCUGUACCGUCUUCUUCUCCUCCUCCAUCCCCGCCCCUGCAGAAAACGGUGGCUGUUGAUGGUAAGGGUGUAGUUACGGUGGAGUUUCAGAGACAGAAGGCCAAAGAGCUUCAGGAAUACUUUAAGCAGAAGAAGCUUGAAGCUGCUGGUCAAGGUCCCUUCUUUGGUUUCCAACCCAAAAACGAGAUCUCCAAUGGAAGGUGGGCUAUGUUUGGUUUCGCGGUUGGAAUGCUUACAGAGUAUGCCACAGGCUCAGACCUUGUCGACCAAGUUAAAAUCCUUCUCUCCAACUUCGGAAUUAUAGACUUGGAGUAACAAGAGUUUUGUUAAUUCGUCUUCCUCUGUAUGCGCAUCUCUAAAGAUCUUCAAAUACAUGACCAUUUGUGUAUUCAACCACUUUUUAUCUUCAAGUCAUAUAAUUAUGAACU